CUUCUUCCCAGAAUUUUUCAAAUCUGAUUUUUUUUCCCGUUACAAUAGCUGAAGAAAAAUGUCUUCCUUGAGUGGAAAGGCACAGACUGUGCUGGGCCUGGUGGAGCCGGAGCAGCUCGGCUGUACGUUGACACACGAACACUUGUCCAUGGACUACAGCAGCUUCUUCUGUCCACCUUCACCAGGCCAGGAGCCUUUGUCUGAGGGGCCCAUCCAGAUGAAGAACUUGUUUUGGAUCAAGCAGAAUCCCUACAGCCAUAAAGACAACCUUCUUCUGUGUCAGGAGAUGGAUGCCGUGAGGGAGGAGCUGCUGCAUUUUAAAGCAGCAGGUGGUGGAACUAUUGUGGAGAACACAACCACGGGAAUCCGUCGGGAUAUGAAGACUUUGAAGAAACUCGCUGAAGAAACUGGAGUCCAUAUUAUUGCUGGGGCUGGGUUUUAUGUGGAUUCCACACACUCUUCUCAAACGCAGGCUAUGACAGUGGAGCAGCUCACAGGCAUCAUUGUUGAUGAGAUCCUCCAUGGAGCAGAUGGGACUGACAUCAAGUGUGGCGUGGUGGGAGAGAUCGGCUGCUCCUGGCCCAUGACCGCAAGCGAGCGCAGGGUGCUGCAGGCGGCUGCACACGCACAGGCACAGAUCGGGUGCCCCAUCAUCAUCCACCCUGGCAGGCACAGUGAUGCACCCUUCCAGAUAGUUCGCAUCCUGCAGGAAGCUGGGGCUGACACUUCCAAAACAGUCAUGUCUCACCUUGACAGGAGCAUAUUUGAUACAAAGAAGCUUCUGGAAUUUGCUAAACUUGGAUGCUAUCUGGAGUAUGACCUAUUUGGUACAGAAUUCAUCUAUUACCACUUCCAACCUGACAUUGACAUGCCAAGUGACAAUGACAGAAUUGCAAGGAUUCGCAUGCUGAUCGAUGAAGGCUAUGAAGACAGAAUUCUGAUGGCUCAUGAUGUGCACACGAAGAAUAGGUUGAUGAAAUACGGAGGUCAUGGAUACUCACAUAUCCUCAAAAACAUUGCUCCUAAAAUGCUGAUUAGAGGCAUAUCCCAGGAUAAAAUUGAUAAAAUACUGAUAGAAAAUCCAAAGCGGUGGCUGACUUUUAAGUAAGAAUAGUGAAUUAAUAUUCCUGCCUUAUAGGAAAGAUUGAUACAAUUCAGAUGUGAUUUAGGACAACAGCCAUUUAAAUAUGUGCUUCUUUUCAGAGAUCCAGAAGGUAUUAGUGCUAUGAACAACCUGAUGAUGACUUUUUAAUUAGACCACCAAAAUUACUUAUGUUCUCUGUAUUUCCUCCCUUCUAAAAGUCCAUUCAUGAAUGAUUUGCUGGAUAUACACCUAUCUGCAAAAUCUUUUCAGUGUAUUAAAAUAAUUGUUACCAAAGAGUAAUCUCAUAUUAUUAUUACAUUCUCCAAAAAUAUUUUUGAAGAAGCAUCAUCUGGCUUUGAGAGAAAUUACAGUUUUCAAUUAAAUUCCCCUUCUCCAGGGUGUAAUUUUAAUUCGUGUAAUAUUGAUAAUCUGCUAAUUAUCCCUUUAUUAAGCACUACUUAAAUGAUAUAAGGUCUGUCACUUUUAAAUCACUUCCAAAGAGAAUAAUUCUAAAAAGACGCUGUUUCUUUCUAGUUGAACAAUUUAUGUAUUUCUAACUGAAACUGGAAGAAAAAAUACAUGACAAAUAUUUUUUAAUAAAGCAAUUUGUAGACUCCUGUA